AUGUCUACCACCGCCCUUGUGGAGACGGCAAAGCAGCCAGAUAUAACCUAUCACCCGGACCCAAUCUCCUACGCCGAGCGCACGAAGCGCAUACUGGCAGAAAACCCCGCACAAGUUCUCCCAGCCGGUUUCCCAAGUAAGCUUGAAUCAGAACUUGUGUGGGAGGGGAAGGACUUCAAAGAUGGCGAAUGGAUCUACCACCUGACGGAAUCCGAUGUCGAAGAAGUGAGAUUGGCCGUCGCGCAGUUCAAGAGCCAAAAGCUCCCUAUAGGCCUGCUCUCCCCGGCGACCUUCCCUCUACCGUCAUUCUCCAAGGAAUUGCAGAGGCAAGCACGAAUCUUACAUUCCGGCCGCGGCUUCUUCGUCCUCCGCGGUAUGCCGGAAUACGCGGGACCUCUCGAGAACACGAUUUCAUACGUCGGCGUAGCAUCGUACAUUGGCCCCGUGCGUGGGAUACAAGACCCCAACGGUGCGGUGCUAGCACAUAUAACCGACCUGCGUUCGCAAACCGACAACACGAACGCCAUCGGCGCCCCAGCGUACACCUCGGACAAGCAAGUCUUCCACACGGACCCGGGUGACAUCAUCUCCCUCUACGUCCUCGGCGAAGCCGCCAGCGGUGGCACAAGUCGAAUCGCGAGUUCCUGGAAAGUGUACAACCAUCUCGCCUCCACUCGCCCCGACAUAAUAAACACUCUAUCCAACGCGUGGCCAUUCGACGGUUUUGGCGGCAAUCCGGAGGUGUAUUACCGGCCCUUGAUACACUUCCACAACGGACGGCUGAUCAGUCAGUACGCGCGGCGGAAGUUUACCGGGUUCAGAGAUUUGCCGAGGUCCACAGACAUCCCGCCGAUCACGGAGGAGAUGGCGGAGGCACUAGACGCGUUGCACUUCACGGCGGAAAGGUUUUCCCUAGGAUUGCAUUUUCGGCGGGGGGAUAUACAGUUUAUCAAUAAUUUAUCGAUGUUCCAUUCGAGGGAUGGGUACACGGAUGAUGAGACACACAAGCGACAUUUGCUGAGGAUUUGGUCGCGCAACGAAGAACUUGGGUGGGAUACGCCGGAUGAGCUCAAGGGGCUUUGGGAACAGUUGUAUUAUAGAGGGCUUAAACCUGAGGAUCAAUUGUUCCCACUGGAGCCGGUGGUUAGGAGGAUGGUACCGAUUCCUGGGGUUGAAGUGAGUUUCUAGAGCGUUUGGGUGCUGUGAAGAUGACCCGCCUCCUUCACAAGUAUGGCUAGGGAUGCAGGGUCGGGUGUGAAGCUACUGAUCAACGAUUUAUCAAAGUU